CUUGAGCUGUGAGAGGACGCGCCGCUCAGAUACAAAUAUACGACGACACACAGAUACGCCUGGAGAGUCGAUGGACGAUCGGCCAGGGAUUGAGUGCCAUUAGCCUGUUAAAAAUCAACUUCCUAACCAGCCGGACAGACCUAAGACGGAAGCCAGACAAAAUAAGAGAGAGAGAGAGAGAGAGGGAGAAGAGUAUCCCAGUACCGUCCCGAUCUUCACACGGGGAUCCCCAGCGAGCUCGAGAACUGUUAUCGCUUCGCGGGAGCCGGCAUUUGACACGCUGCCUAUCCUGACCUGAGUGUAGGCCGCUGAUUUUAUGGCUACGGCUAUGGCGUGCCCGUGCCGCCUGCACUAAUGAUGUCGCGUCGAGAGUCACUGCAACAGCAACAGCAGCAGCAGCAACCAGAACCAGAGCUAACAAGAAGUGCAUCAGUGGAAGUCGCGCUGCCUUGUGGAAGUCGUCAUCGAAUCCGUUCCAGCCAAGUUGCAAGUUCGAGGCGCGCGUUUACCUGACCGCCCGCGUGUGUGUUUGUGUGUGCGUGUGUGUGCCUGUGUCUAAUUUGCCUCUCCGCCAACGCCACCGUCACCGUCAACCCGCUAGAGAAAUCUCAAAAUCGGUAUAAAAAUCGGAAAUGCCAAUACCUUAGCUCCUUAUCGCGCAUCAAUUUGCAAUUUACAAUUUACAAUUACAAUCAACCACUAACGAAUCGCAUUAAAAUCAGAGUUCCCCUAUUCGAACCAUUCAAAUUUGAAUCAAUUAAUGCCAAAGCGAGCCUGCCUGCUGCAUCUGGCCAUAAAAGAGUGAAAAGAAAGCCCCACGAGCCAAUUAGAACUUUGAACCGCCCAUACGAUGGACUUCCAGAGCGCCAUGGAGACUUUUGCCGAAGCCUGGGUGGCCGCCAAUGCCGGACAGCAGAGUCAGGCCUUGGCUUUGACGCGGGCAGCCAAUGCGGCCGCUGUUGUGGCCGCCGCCAAUGCCAAGUCCCCCUCGGCCUCCGUCUCCGCCGCUGCCAGUCUCGUAGACAUGGCCGUCAAGAAGGAGCACUCGCUCUCGCCUCCCCACAGCGUGGGGGGCGUGCCCCUUCCCGGCGAGGAGGUGACCGCCAUGCAGCACAGACGCAGCUCGUUGCAAGGCGUACAGGAGAAGCUCACCCAACUGCAGAUGCAACACCAUCAGCAGCAUCAGCAGCAUCAGCAGCAGCAGCAGCAACAUCAUCAUCACCAGCUUCAGCUCCAGCAGCAGCACCAGCAGCAGAAUCAGCAGGGUGGAGGCGUGGCAGGGGAAGCAGGUGGGCGUCGCUCCACCGACGGCAGUCCCUCCGCCACCGUCCAUCCCGCACAGCAGCAGCAGCAGCAGCAGCAGCACGUGCAUAGCUCCGAAGGCAAUGCCCUGUCCUCAUCCACGGCCUCAUCUAGUCAGAACGCCACCCCAAAGAGUGAGAGGGAGGAGCGCUUGGAGCGGGGCAGCAUCUCGUGCCUGCCACCAGCCGCCCUGGGCAUGGCCGUGGGCGCGCAACAGGCCCAACAGCAGCAGCAGCAGCAGCAAGCGGAGAAGCUACUCAGCCAUCCGGCCCUGGACUCGCGACGGGACUUCGACAUCAGCAAAGUGAAUCCCAAAUCACUUCCACUCCACUGUGUGGUGGAGUCGGUGCAUUCGCUGCACGCCUCCCUCACCAUCGACAGCCGACAGCCGUGGAAGCGGCGGCCCAACAUCGAGACAGACAGCUACGUGAUCAUAGCAGCGGCCACGCCCUGGAGCGAAAUUGUCCAGACCGCCCUGCAGCGGCUUGGCUACUCGCAGGAGGUGGCCAACACGGCCAGAGGCUCCCUGAUCAUCAAGCACUGGAAGCCCAUUCCUCUGGAGCAGAUAUCGGACAACCCGGCAGUGCCGGUGAGCGACAUUGUGGGGGAGCUCACCUCCGUGAUCACCCUGCGCAUCGUGAUUCUGCGGCCCAAGACAUCGCCCUUUGGCGAGAUCAAGGACAAGCUGCUGAAGCUACUCGUGCUGCAGUCCCACGCGGUGCUCCGUUCCACAGGCUGUCCCCUGGAUGAGGUAACCCUGUCGCAGAUCUGCCGCAGCUCGCACCAGAACACGUACGCCAUGCCCGGCGGGGAGAUGUCCGAGGAUCUGCGCCGCAAGUUCGAUCAGUGGUGGUCCAACCAGCUCUCACCGCAGGCGGCCAUGACGCCCAAGAUGCUGCCCUUCAUGACGGCACCUUCGGCGGUGCCUGUGCCCGUGCCAGGUGACAUGGACUUCCCCGUUGGCUCUGCCAUGGCAGCAGCGGCGGCGGCAGCGGCUGCUCAUGCGGCUGUCGCUGGCGGUGCGGCAGUGAACAAUCCCCUAGGAUCGAUGGGCAGUCGGGAGAGUCUGCUGCUGGCUAACGAGGCGGCCCACCACGCAAGUGGGGGCCAGGCAGCGGCGCCGGGACACCAUGGGGGCUUGCUGGUGCAUCCGAUGCACGCCUCCAUGCACCACCACCACCACCAUCAGCACGGAGCAGCCCACGGGCCGCAGUACCCCAACCAGAAGACACGCAUGCGCACCAGCUUCGACCCGGAGAUGGAGCUGCCCAAGCUGCAGAAGUGGUUCCAGGAGAACCCCCAUCCCUCGCGCCAGCAGAUUCAGACCUAUGUGGUGCAGCUGAAUACCCUGGAGUCACGCCGCGGACGCAAGCCGCUCGACGUCAACAAUGUGGUGUACUGGUUCAAGAACGCACGGGCUGCCCAGAAGCGGGCGGAGAUGCGGGGCGGGAGUCUGGGCAGUGCCAUGAGCGCACUGGGCCACGCCGCCAUGAACGGCUACCUCAGCCAGCACGCCCCUUUGGGCCAAAACUCGAGCAGCAGUGCCGGCAGCCAGCCCAUGAGCAUGGGGAAUCUCUCCAUGACGCACGACUAUCUGAAGAGUCCGAUGAGCCUGAAGUCGGAGGACAUAGACACCAUGUCGCAGCACUCGGACGAGAUGGAGGAGGAGCCGAGCCGACCCAAUACGCCCCAGUUGCCGCUCUCACUCACCACCCACGAGCGCAACCGCAGCUCACCGCUGAUGGACCAGGACGAGGAGGAGGAUGACGAUCAGGGGGAUCAGCAGCAGCAGCCGCAGCGGGCCAAGAGCGCCGGCAGCGAUGUGAUCAACGGCACCGUUCUGAGAGAGGGCGAGGAGGAGCGGCAGGAGAAAGCCAGCGACGUACUGGAGAACGAUAAGGAGAGCGCACACCAUGCCGAGGAGGAGCCCCAUCCAGAGGGUGAACCUCUGCCGGAUGCCGCCUCCAGUCUCAACAACAAUAACAACAACAAACAACAACAACAACAACAGCAACAACACUCGACGCCAAAGCGCACCAUUCCCAAGGAGGAGGAGGACGACCUGGAAAUGGACGAUGACGAGGACGACAACGAGAACGACGUGAGUCACCUGGACGAGUUCCGUUCGCCCUCGCCCGACCUCUCUGGCGCCGUGGCGCCGCACAAGGACCAGCUGCCCUUUCCCAUGGUGCCCAAUUCGAUGUUCUCGCAAUCCUUCAUGUACAUGAGCCACUACAUCCCGGCCUUUGGGCAGGCGGCCGCCGCCCAUCCGCACCACCAUGCCGCUGCUGCAGCAGCUGCCGCUGGCAUCCAGCCGAACGCCCUGAUGGGCGGCGGUGGCGGUCUCAAUCUGUCGAGCAUCUCGAACGAGGAGCGCCGCAAGCGGAAUCGCACCUUCAUCGAUCCGGUGACGGAGGUGCCCAAGCUGGAGCAGUGGUUCGCCAUGAACACGCAUCCCUCGCACAAUCUGAUCCUCAAGUACACGGAGGACCUGAACACCAUGCCCUAUAGGCAAAAGUUCCCGCGACUAGAGAGCAAAAAUGUGCAGUUCUGGUUCAAGAAUCGUCGGGCCAAGUGCAAGCGCCUCAAGAUGUCCCUCUACGACAACAACCAGUGCGGACAGUUGGGUGGCCUGAGCUCCUUUGUGCCCAAGUACGAGGAGCGGGAUUGAGUCGCAAAUCAAAAGUACGCGCAGCAGCAGUAUCAGCAGCAUCAGCAGCAUUUCUUUUUGUAAAUACAUGAGGCGCAUUUUAGGAUUUACAUUUAUAUAUAAACAAACUGAUACAUAAUCCCUAGUUUAGUCCACUCUAAGUAUUAUAGACGAAAGGAACUAACACUAACCCAGUUACGAGUUACCAGUAUGCGGAACAGAUAGAGAAAAUUAGAGAAAAUAUAACUACAUGCGAGUAUGUGUGUAUUUGGCAGUAUAACUAAUUUAUAACCAGAUAAACUUCAGUCCUAUCAAACAUAUAAUAGCACUCUACACCACAUCUACUUCUACUUCUACUUCUAUAUAUCUUUAUACUUAGUUCGUAGCGAUUCGAUAGAGUGGGGCAGAGCGGCAGGCCCAUUAAGAAUAAGCAAACCAAAGAAAGCCAAUUUUGUGUAGAGAGUCGAGAGUCGUAGUCAAGGAUCUGCGAUCUGCGUUUUGUAUAUAAUGAAUGUAUUUUAUCCUAGAUAUAUUUUCUUUGAGCAAUGUGAAUUUUGUUUUGGCUUAGUUGCAUUUUUAUCUGCAGUUUAAGUUUUAGCCUAAGUUUUAUCCCUGCCUUAUUUGAGUAGCCAUUGUCCCUGUCCCUAGCACAUCCGCACUUGGAUCAUCCGCAUAUACAUAGUAGCAUGUAUAACAUAUGAUCCGCUGAUUUCAAUAUCUUGGUAUCUAAUACCGAAGCCCUUCUCCCACUCCCCCCAACAGUUAUCGCCUUUCGAUUGAAACCUUUGAAACUAAAACCACACUCUGCAACAAAUAAUAGUGUUUGAUGAAAUUGUUCCAUUAGUUAUAUAAGUCUUCAGAUCAGAAUAGAACUAUUAUAGUAAUAUUGUAAUUUAUUGGAAGCAUCCACACACCUAAACACACACACGCCCACAAUCUUACGACAGCGAAAGCCAAUAAAUACACACAAACAAACACACACAUAC